UAUGAUAAGCUAAGAUAACACCUAUAAUGAUUAUGAGCAAAAGUACAUAUACAGUAAAGCAAAUGGAAGUUCAUGAAGCCUGAGGCCCCAUGUGUACAAGCUUGGAAGAUCAACUGAUGUGGAAAACUUCUCUGCAGAGCAAACAAGAUGCCAAAUUUUCCACUGUCAACCACAUCUGGAAGUUUUCAUGGUACUCAGAAGAAAUCCACACAUCCUCAGAGAAUACAGCUAGGAAGGGAGACCAUUGCACUUGUCACUGCAAUUUCAUGAUCCAGCCAGUGUGGUCCAACUGUUAACCUGAGACUGCCGGGGAUGGCAUUGGAUGUGAAAACUAAACAAGAAAUAGAAAAAGAAGUUUUAAUAAGAUAGCAAGAAGACUCAGAUACAUUUUUAGAGAUGAGGAAGUAGAACUGAGAAUUUUUUAAAUGUUGGUGACAUUUCUGAGUGCAGUAGUGGCAACCAUGCGCUCGAUCUUCUCUGCCGGAUACUCAUUACUGAAGUGGAAAACCCUCCUAGAAUGCCACUGCCAGAAUCGUGUAAGAGGGAAGGUUGUUGUCAUCACUGGGGCUACUAGUGGCAUCGGCAGAUUCGUGGCAUUUGAUCUGGCCAAAAAAGGUGCUCUAGUUUACCUGGCUGGCGAAACCCCUGAGGCAGGGGCGGGGUUUGUAAAGGAGUGCCCAACAACGGGAAUCGGAAAUGACUUCCUCCAUCUCGAUCUCACAGAUUUUUCCUCUAUUGUCACAUUUGUGCAAGAAUUUUUAAGAUGUGAAGAGAAGUUUGACUCUGUGAACAAACUCAUAUUCCACCACCCCCCUAAACAAACGCUGCAAAAUUAG